CCUAAUUAAAGAUGUUUACAGGUGAGGACAUCCAAUUUCUGUAGUAAUUACAUUAAUUGAAAGAAAUAUCCAAAAUAGGACAGGGUAGUUUUGGUAAAGUAUAUAAAGCAAUUGAUUUAACAGACAAAACUAUUUGUGCAGUAAAGGUAAUUUAUUAAGCAAUUAAGAGGUUAUUUCCAAAUUAAUUUACAACAGUACUUCUCCUGAAUAAGAUAUCUAUAUGCAAUUGAAUCAUCCCAAUAUUGU